AGUGGAUACGAAAAUAUCUUGAACGGGAAAUUCGUGAACGAGCGAUUUUCACGACGAAAUAUGAGUGUUUAACGAUUAUAUAAAUAAAUAAAGGCACCUAGAAUAUAAAUUAAUUCUCGUCUGAUGCAAAGCAUAACAAAAUUACCAGUUUCGUGUAGGAGAUACUGAAAAAUAACAUCUCCAUCAUAAGUCAAAUUCAUUAUUCAAACAAACAGCGUAUUUCCCAAUGAUCAGUGAUUCCACGUGAAGCAGAUGAAAAACUAACUAUAUAUCGGGCUUCAUUUUACCAAGUGAUAAUUAACUUAGUAAUCCUCAAAGUGCUCUCCGUGAAUAGUAGUAUAUCAAGACGGGGUUUUGUGUGUGAAGAAUUACCAAAAAUUAUCCAAGUGAAAAUCUCAAAGCUUCCGAGAUAAAUGUCACACGAGUUUUCUAAAUUAAGUUUCGCCUGAAAAGUAGCAAAGGCUCGAGUUUCCUAUAACAAAAUUAAGCUUGGAAAGCUUCAAGCUUGGAUUUCUUAAGUGAAAAUCAACCUUGCUUGAGUCUUCCAAGUUAAGUUCGUUUUAAAAGUAAUACGAGUGAAUCUUCUAAGUGAAAGGCUAACUAGAGAAGAAAAGGAAGCCGAGGUGAUAUUAGAUGUUUCGUGAAUUCCAAUAACGCCAUUAUCAUCUACGAUGAUUUGCUACGGCAAUGUGGAACUUCAAACCUAUGCAUCAGCUUUUCUCGGAACCUUCAUCCAGCCCCUGUCUGAAAGUUAGUUAUCCAUUCACAUACGGAAUAAAGAUUACCUGCUGGCACGAACAUUACGUUGUUAUCAGGUUCCCUCUUACUCCUCCUGCAUAGGACGCGAUGUUUUAGAAUGAUUUCCUGUCUCUCCGACAAGGAAAGAAAAUGUUAGGAUUGUGGAUCAAACAAAGGUAGUGGACACUCUAACAUCGCAAACGAUUUUUAAUUAAUUCUUAAACUCGCAUCAUAUAAAACAAGAUCAACUCUAGAAGGCCAGAGUGGCAAAAAAAAAAAAAAAAAAAAAAAAAAAAAAAAAAAAAAAAAAAAAACUGAUAAUAAAAGCUUAGUUAGCAAGGAGGCCUAGUACAAGAAGUGUUCGGGAUUAACACUUACACAGUUCCUCGUUCUCAUCUGAUUUUAGAAACGUUUGUGUUAAUGAUUGACUGAGGAUACCUGUUUCCAGGCAAAAUGUGGACGGGAUUUUAUAACGGCACAUUUCACGAGGAGAAAAUCCCCACGACUUCGUCAGGCAUGGAAGCGACAACGCACGACAUCGUCAAAAGAGACGGCUACUGCCCGAACACAUUCGACCCGUUGGGCUACAUCGCAUUCCUCAUGAUUGGCUCUCAGCUCGCUCUCAACAUCAUUAACAUUAAUAUUAACAACAACAACAAUAACAAUAACAACAACGACGAUAACAACAACAAUAACAACGACAACAUGAAUGGCCGAGCCUUCCCCGUCGGCGAAGAAUUCAAAUCCCCCGAACUAACGGUUUCUGAAGACUUCGUUUACCCAAGCGAGAUUUCCCUCGAAUCCAACAUCGGUCGCUCCAAGGUGGCAUCACGGAUGGACGCCAGUCACGCCACUUCUCAAAUUAGCGGGAAGUGCAAAUGUAAAGAGAAAGGAAGAAGGAAGAACAAGAAGAUUAUAGAAAGCGGCUUGAAAAAAGACAUGAUAGGCUACCUUUUCAAAAGUAGGAAAUCACCCGGGUGUGCGGCAAUGCUGGGCUGUGUAACCGCAAUUGCAGCAAAACGUGAUUUUCUUGUGGCCUUAAGGUAAAGUUUGCAAACUCUGC